CGCAGCGCUCGUUCGCUCGUGUACAUAGUCGAGGGCCCACCACGCCCGAUGUACCCGCCGGCUUCCCGCGCUGUAUGUACGUAUCGUAGACAGGACCCGUUAAUAUAUAAUGCCUCUUUGGACUCCACUCCUCCGCGUGGCCCCGCUGCCUACCGAGUCAGAACGCCGGACAAUGGAUCCACCUCGCGCGCGCGAGAUACUGAGUCUGAAUAUACGAUCCUCGAUCCACACGCGCGCGAGGACCCGCGCGAUCGCCGUUCGCACACCCCCGCGGUGCCCGUGCGAGCAGCCCAACGCUUCCCCGAAGCGAAGCCGCGCCCCGAUGGCGCGCGAUGGCGUCCUAGCAUGUCGCCCACGCCGGGGCGGGCGGACAUCCCAGCGAAGCGCGCCUCGGGGGACCCGCUUCUCAGCUUCGCUGCUCCAAAGAGCCAGUUGGCCUCCCCUGCCGGGCCCCACCCAUUGUCCUUCUGAGACACCGCGGGUGGGGCCUCCUCAAAACCAGCCGUCUCGGCGCCCACCUCGGACUGGGCGCACGCCUAGGACCCCCAAUGCACAUCGAGCGAGCGGCGAGCGCGCUAGAACCCGCGAAGCCUGCAGCCCUGGGCGAUGUGUGCCGUCACCGCACGCCUACUAUCGAGUGCGUGUACGUACGCGCGGCACAGCAUCACACCCUGUGCCGGCCUGCGAGUCGUCGAGGGCGCGAUAGCGCGGUCUGGGUGGGCUAAUCGCGUUGGGUGAUUCGCCGGCGGCGCGGGGGAUGUAGCGGCGCUGGCUCCGCGCGAGGCUAGUGUGCACGGACGGGACGGGUGUGCCCACGCGGGGGGCCCCC